AUGCUGUAAACUUCCAUAUUUACUAUGGCCAGACCUUCAAAGUCAUUAAGAAUGCCGUUGAUGGCCAAAGCUACCUUCUUCUUCAGGAUUGCAUCAAGGACUAAAUAUUGCACGUCAAGAAUCAAAUCAUUUGUCAUACCAAUGUCAAACUAUUCUGUUGAUACAGAUUAUUUUCCGGUUUCCUUCUUAGAGCUUUUAGGCUUACUGGAGAGCUUGAAAGGCAUAACCUCAGAAUCUGUGGCUUCUCCAUGUGUGUUGAAGUUGUAUGAAGGAGGACAGAUAGAAAUGUUCAACAGAAGUGAUUACCAAAAGCUUGCACAGUUUGCAGCUCACUUCUUUAGUGACACUAAUCAACAACCAGCUUGCAAUUUUGCAACUUUUGUUCCUUUUGUAGAGGAUAUCCCUUUGCAGAGAGCAGAGUGGAUCAAGUUCAUUGGAGCUUUUGCAAAUGUUGAAGCUAGAGCCAAUGAAGUCUAUACUGCAGUUAAGGAGAAUUAUUUGUGCUUGGCUAAAAUUGCAACUACUCGGAUAUCAUUCAAGCCAACAGUAGCUUGGAUGAAGUAUGAUAAAGGUGUUUGGUCUUUUACAAAGGAAACAUAUCAGUUGAAGUACGUGGAAGAUGCAGGAGGAGAGAAUUUGGAUGCCUCUAUAUACAAGAAUACUUACAAUAUCUCUGAUCCUGAUGACUUGGAGGAAUUGCAUGCCAUCCUAUGUACUGUGGAAGUAGUCAUUGAUGAAACAUUAACUUCUGAUCCAGCCAACUACACUUUAUCAACAUUUAUCCAUAAUCUAAAUGUUGAGGAUCGUUCUUGUUUUUCCUUUCUUACAAACACAAGCCUAUGGAGAUAUGACAAAAGGAUUCACAAUUAUACUGCUCUUGACUGGUAUAAUGGAGCAGUGUCCCAACCUCAAUUGGCACUAGCAGAUAUUGUUGAGGCUUUAUUUCCCACUGGAAAUUACACGAUGACAUAUUUUAGGAACCUCGCAAAGGGAGAAGCACCUACAAACAUUGUUCCUGAAAUGUGUGACAGGGACACCUCCACAACAAUGGAGCCUACGAUAGUAGCAUGUGGAUGA